UCCGGAAGUGCGUUGGCACGCUGCAGAGAAGCUAACCGACCAGUUCCAAACAACAACGGUCAACCGUCGCAUCCGUCCGUUUCCUCGUCAGUUCACCCGGUGCUCGGUUUCCAACCGGACGCCGUGACCGUGUAGAAGUUUGUGGACGUUGUUUCUUCUUCUCCUCAGAAAAUACGGUUGUUUGUUUUUGUUGUUUUCCAUCAAAAUGACGAGUUACAAGACAUUUCACUCCCAACUGACGUCCAUCAUGGAGGCGCUGACCAAAGCGGCGGUGGCUGAGAUCUGCGAGCUGGUGGAUGACAGCUACGCCGUGUUGCAGCUGGAGAUCACCCGCAGCCACAAGGAGAACGAGACGCUGCGGAGGAAGCUGGAGCUCAUCGAGUCCAUCAUCGCCAGGGGCCACCGGAGGGAUGCUGCUAUGGUGGACUACGGUGGGCCGGUAGAGGAGGAGGAGGAGGAGGAAGGUGGUGGAGAGCUGGUGGAUUUUAACCCCGAACUCGCCUUACCAGCCAGACUGUGCUCUAAGCAGCCCAAAGCCUUGAACCUCAGAGGAUGUGAACGGGUUCCUUUGUUGGAGGUGACCACAGAGAUGACUCCAACCACAACAGAGGAUUCUCCCACCGUAGCUGCAGAGGAGCCGGUCCAGAUUGAUCAGGAUGUUGUCGUGAUCAAAGAAGACAAAGAGAACCUGAAGAGUGACGACGACGCAUACGAACUGCUUCUGAACGAGGACGGGACGGAGGCGCUGCCGUCAGAAGGGUCCCACAGUGAUGACGGCCCCUCUGGGAUAAAGAUCUCCCCCUCAUCCAGUGAGAUGCCGACCUGGGACCAGAACAGGAUCCAACCAGAGCAACGGGGGUACCACAGUGCUCCGGGCUCUCCGGGCCCCGUGGGGGCCACUGAAAGCAGCUCAGACUUUGUGUUGGAUUUGGCCUCGGAGUCGGACUGCGACGCUCCAUCUGAGACCAGGAAGCAGUUCCUACUGGGGUCUGGGGGAAGUCCGGCCCCGCUGCCCAGGCCCUCGGAGGCAAAGCGAGGAUCGUCUAUGAUUGGCUCCCUGCCUUACAACACCGAGCUGGAUCUGAGCUCCUCGUGGAGCAGCCAGGGCCUGCACGGCAUGGUGCCCGUCUCCCAUCGGCCUUAUAUGAAACCAGACUGCCGGGUGGCAAUUCUGCCCCUCCACGGAUCCAGACUGGACCCUCUGGACCUGAACAGGUACUGCAGGGACAGGCGCUUUGUCUGCAGCUACUGCGGCAAAUGCUUCACAUCAUCGCGAAGUCUGGAGACACACGUGCGUGUCCACACCGGCGAGCGGCCGUACAGCUGCGCUCAGUGCGGGAAGCGCUUCACGCAGUCGGGUCACCUGAAGACCCACCAGAGCGUCCACACCGGAGAGCGGCCGUUCGCCUGCGAGCAGUGCGGGAAAAGAUUCGCCGGGAAGCAGAACCUGAAAAUCCACCAGCAGAAACACCACACGGCCGAGCAGAACGCCGCUCCGGUUUAACCCCACCGCUCCGGUUUAACCCCACCGCUCCGGUUUAACCCCACCGCUCCGGUUUAACCACACCGCUCCGGUUUAACUCCGCAGCACCGGUUUAACUCCGCAGCACCGACAGGUCUGACUGCUGCCAGACCAGGAGGUGGUCCGGGAACUCAUCCGCCAGGUUUUUAGAAAGAAACGUUUUAUAGAAGCUGGUUCACUCCGUUUUAUCUGAACCUGCUUUACUGAGACAGAAACAAACACUCGAUCCAGAACAGUUCUUUCCUCAGACAAAAUGAGGUGCAUUUUUGGAUUAUUUCGGGUUUGGGAUGAGACUUUCUGAUGAAAACAGAUUUUCUGGAACAGCUGGAAGAAGCAUGUGAAUGUCUGUUUAUUUCCAAAUAAAAAAAAAAAUCUUGGAUUAUUUAUUUCCUGCUGAUUCACUCAAGUGUUGCUGCUUUCCAUGUGCAAUUUAAAAAAAAGAAGUCAUUUUGGAUUUAUUAAAUAUUAUAGGCUCAUAUGUAAAUUUACUAUAACCUGUGUGGUUGAACUUUUUUUUUUUUUUGUAUUUCAGCCAAAUUUUUUCCUCAGUUUAUGGCCUAACAGGACACCAGAAACAAAUUUACUACCUGUUCAAGUCAGUGGACCUCUCCCAAAACCUGCAAUAAAAACAAACAUUUUUUUUCUCAAAUCUUUUAAUUAACUUCAGUCCUUGUUAAUAGUUUAAAUUAUUUUAACCCUUUAACAAUUUGGACAGUUUUUGUGGGCUUUUUCCAUUAAAGGCAGAGACAUUGUCUCAUCAAAUGACCAUUUAAAGGGUUAAAAAAUAUCUAAAUAAUUACAUAUUUGGUAUUUUGGAUAAGGACUGAAGUCAAUUAGUGUUUUGAAAAUUAAAAAAGUGGCAAAAAAUUCAUUUUUGAUUUCUAGUUUUAGGGAGAGGACCUCUUUAGUCCCCUAAUGGCCUGAAAAGGAAGUAAAUUAUAAAUCUGAUGCAGCAAAAACAAAUGUUACAAAUUUUUAGUAUUUAUAAAACAGCUUUAAAUAAAAUCCCCAGCUACCCAAAGAUUAUCAGUGGAUGGCUUCUGCCUCAUGCUCUUUUAGAUACCCAGGUUAGAAAUCACCACAUUACCACAGACUUGAGGGAAAAAAAAAAAAAACAGGGUAAAGAAAUGUAAUAGAAUAGAAAUACUUUAUUAAUCCCUUCAGAGAGUCC